ACUAACUGCUGAGAGUUUCUUCAGACAGAAACUUGCACUGCACAAUGGACUUUGCAGCCUCCCUCGUUGAACUCCAAGCAGAGGCCAGCUGCCCCCUCUGCUUGGAUUACCUGAGAGACCCAGUGACCACUGAGUGUGGACAUAAUUUCUGUCGCUCCUGCAUCCACCAGCGCUGGGAAGAUCUCCAGGACAUCUUUCCCUGUCCUAUCUGCCUCCACCACUGCCCUGACAUGAACUUCAAGAAGAACACUCAAUUAUGUCACAUAACUGAUAUUGUUAAGCAGAUUCCCACCAUAGGGAGGGAGAGAGAACUGCAGGAAGAAAAACUCCUAUGUAUGAAGCAUCAUGAGGUUCUGACUCUGUUCUGUGAGGAGGACCUGGAGCUCUUGUGUCCCCAGUGCAGUGUCUCAUCAGACUACGAGGAUCAUCUCCUGAUACCCAUUGAGGAAGCUGCAGCUAUCUACAGAAAGAGGCUCAAAAAUUAUCUUGAGGCACUGACAGUGGAGGUUGAAGAUGCUGAAACGGGAUUUGAAAACCAAGUGGCAAAUAUUUUCGAAGUGCAGAAAAAGAUGGAGAGUUGCAGGAGAGAAUUACUGUAUGAAUGUAAAGAAUUUAAGAAUUCGUUGAAAGGAGAGCAAGAUGAAAUCAAUGCCGUCUACUUGUGGAAGAGAAAGAUAUUAAAGAAAAACUAA